CGCGGGCGCCGCGCUGAAGGGAGGGGGCCGCGGUCCGCCAGCGAGGUGCCUGGGGCCACGGCGGCCCGCAGAGGCGGGAGCAGCCCACCCGGGCUGCGGGACUGAGGGAGGGCCGGCUGCAGCCGCCUGCACGGGGGAGACGGGCUGAGGCAGCGGAAGAACAUGGUCGCUUUCCCCAGAAUGGGGUGGGGAUGAGGGAUGUGGAGAAAGUGCCAGAUCUCAGCUCUCUCCGCAGGGGAAGGGGGGGUGAAGGGUUGUGCCCGAGACCUCUGCUAACAGUUACAGGUGCAGCCCGGAGAGCAGAGGGGCUGGUUGGUAUAGCCUGGCGUGGCAGCUGGCUUGCAGGAAAGCCUUGCUGAAGAGCCAUCUCACGGCAGACCCCGGAGAGGAUGGGGCUUGGCGCGUAGGCGGAGGUAGUUACUGGUUUGGCCAGUGCAAGGGUGAGUAGCCAACACAGGAACGGGGUGAAUGAUGUCUCGAUUUGGGGUGACUGUCAGCCAUGCAGGAGAAAGGCCCUGGGUGGCAGAGGAAGAAGGGGGAGUGGGCCAGGAUCAGAAGCGUCAGGGGCAAAGGUGGGCACGGAGUCCUGCUCUGGAGGGACUCUGGCACGGCAGGGAGCUGUGGCCCUGACGAGACACGGCCCCAGGAAAGCAUGUGGGAGCGAGCAAACGGCUGCAGGCAGCAGCCAUCUUUGCAGGAUGGGAGCAGGCAGGCUGCACAGACCGUGUCCUGGCCUCCCCCGCAGCCCUGGGUGUGGGAAGUCGGCGGGGGGAGGCCAGGCGUGGGUCUGCAGCUUGCUGCUUUCCAGUGCCUCAAGGACAGUUGAAUAGCCAAAUAAAAAGAAAGAAAAUAAAUCAUGAAGGCAGCGGCCGGCUCUGCUGCGAGGAGGGGGCGAAGGAAGGGUUUUGCAGGCAUCUCGCUGCUGCGGAAAUGGUUUCUGGAGGGGAGGGCGGUGCGCGUGCGGGGAUCUUUGUGGCAGCGCUGUGCAGCAGGGAAAAUGCCGCCUGGGCGGCCCCAGAUGCACUGAGGAGUGGGGAGGGCGGCCGACCGGGAGAAGACCCUGCCUGGCCGCCCCACGGCCGUGGGCAUGAGCGGGCAGAUGUGACGCUGCCGAGCAGCCAGCCCUUGUGCUGUGGGGAGCAGGGUGGGGGGGCUGCCCUGGGUUAGCAGCCCUGCUCCCGGUGCUGUGGCCGAGCCUGCCUGGUGCUGCAAGAGAUCCUAUGAGGAUUUUUAUUGCGGGCUCUUUGUUAGCUACAGACAGGCACGCACACACACACAGCUUUCAGCCAGGUUGUGGGAGGCCUAUUGACUGGGGCUGACUUUAACCCUUUCAUAUUUGCAGAAGUAAUGCAUCUGUGGCAGUAACUGAGCAUUGGCUAAAAAAAUCUUUCAGAGGUCAAGGUUCACAAGAUUUGCUCACAAUCAAAUACAUGACCAUGGGGGAUAUGAAGACCCCAGAUUUUGAUGACCUUCUGGCAGCCUUCGACAUACCAGACAUGGUUGAUCCAAAAGCAGCUAUUGAGUCUGGACAUGAUGACCACGAGAGCCACAUCAAACAAAAUGCUCACACAGAUGAAGACUCUCAUGCCCCGUCAUCGUCCGACGUCGGCGUGAGCGUCAUUGUGAAAAACGUGCGUACUAUCGAUUCUUCGGAAGGAGCGGACAAGGAUGGCCACCACUCCACAGGCAACGGCUUGCAUAAUGGCUUUCUAACAUCAGCAGCUCUUGAUAGUUACGGUAAAGAUGAAGGGAAGUCACUUAAAGAUGAUGGGUCAGCUCCUGAUACUAUGAAGGAUUCAGCUUUCAACCAGUUUAGUCCAAUAUCAAGUGCUGAAGAAUUUGACGACGAUGAAAAAAUUGAGGUAGAUGACCCUCCGGAUAAAGAGGAGAUGCGUACAAAUUUCAGAGCAAAUGUCUUGGCAGGAUCUGUAUCUCAGCAGGAAUAUGACAAGCUGAAGGCACUUGGAGGGGAGAACUUGAUUAAAUCCGGAAUCCCAGUUUCAAGUAGUAUAGAUAAAAAUAAAGCUGCCAAAAGAGAGAUGGAGACAAACUCUAUGAAUUUAAGCGUCUAUGAGCCUUUUAAAGCUCGGAAAACAGAGGACAAGUUGCUAAAAGACAGUUCUGAGAAACUUCUUGAAAACAGGGUGCUCGAUGGAAAACUGAAUACUGAAAAGAGUGAAACAAAUCUGGCCAGCAUUUCACAGUCCAAAGCCAAGUCAUCAGCAAAGCUUUCUUCGUGUAUUGCUGCCAUCGCAGCACUGAGCGCCAAAAAAGCAGCUACGGAUACCAGUAAAGAUUUACAGUCUCAUUCAGGAGAAGCCUCUCCCUUACCGAAGGAGGUGACUGAAAGUCCCCGAGCUGUUGAAAAGUCACCCGAGUCUCAGAGUCUAAUUGAUGGUGCUAAGAAGCCAUCUCUCAAACCACCUGAUAGCCCCAGAAGUGUUUCAAGUGAAAACAGUAGCAAAGGGUCUCCAUCUUCUCCUGCAGGGUCAACACCAGCAAUUCCAAAAGUUCGCAUAAAAACCAUCAAGACAUCUUCUGGGGAGAUCAAGAGAACUGUUACUAGAGUGUUGCCAGAAGUUGAUUUGGACUCUGGUAAAAAGCCAGAGCAGACUCCUAUGGUAACUUCCAUGACAUCUCUCUUGUCCUCACCAACUUCUGCUGCUGUUCUUGCCUCUCCUCCUAGGGCUCCUCUCCAGUCCACAGUUGUCACCAAUGCAGUUGCGUCAGCAGAGCUUGCACCAAAACAGGUCACUAUCAAACCUGUGGCUACUGCCUUUCUCCCCGUGUCAGCAGUUAAAACAGCAGGGUCCCAAGUUAUCAAUUUGAAGCUCGCUAACAACACUACAGUGAAGGCCACUGUAAUAUCUGCUGCCUCAGUGCAGAGUGCCAGUAGCGCCAUUAUAAAGGCUGCCAAUGCUAUACAGCAACAGACCGUGGUGGUGCCAGCAUCCAGCCUUGCCAGUGCUAAACUUGUGCCAAAGACAGUCCAUCUUGCCAACCUUAAUCUCCUGCCUCAAGGUGCUCAAACCACCUCUGAACUCCGCCAAGUGCUAACGAAACCUCAGCAACAAAUAAAGCAGGCAAUAAUUUCUGCAGCAGCCUCACAGCCUUCUAAGAAGGUGUCUCGAGUGCAGGUGGUGUCGUCUCUACAAAGCUCAGUAGUGGAAGCAUUCAAUAAGGUGCUGAGCAGCGUGAAUCCCGUGCCAGUUUACGUCCCAAACCUCAGUCCCCCUGCCAACGCUGGAAUAACGUUACCGACGCGAGGGUACAAGUGUCUGGAGUGCGGCGACUCCUUUGCUCUGGAGAAGAGCCUGACCCAGCAUUACGACCGCAGGAGCGUGCGCAUCGAGGUGACUUGUAAUCACUGCACGAAGAGCUUGGUUUUCUUCAACAAAUGCAGUCUCCUUUUGCAUGCUCGUGGGCACAAGGAAAAAGGGGUUGUAAUGCAGUGUUCGCACCUGAUCUUAAAGCCGGUCCCAGCAGAUCAAAUGAUAGCAUCUCCCUCAAGCAAUACUGCGUCCUGCGUGCUCCAGAGCCCCACAGGAGCUGGCACACACACAGUAACAAAGAUGCAGCCUGGCAUAACUGGGACAGUCAUAUCGGCCCCGGCCAGCACGCCUGUCAUCCCAGCCAUGCCUCUGGAUGAAGAUCCCUCCAAACUCUGUAGACAUGGUCUAAAGUGUCUGGAGUGCAAUGAAGUUUUCCAAGAUGAGACAUCUCUUGCAACUCAUUUCCAGCAGGCCGCAGACACAAGUGGACAAAAGACAUGCAAUAUCUGCCAGAUGCUGCUUCCUAACCAGUGCAGUUUUGCAUCACACCAGAGAAUUCAUCAGCAUAAAUCUCCAUACACGUGUCCUGAAUGUGGAGCAAUCUGCAGAUCUGUCCACUUCCAGACUCAUGUCACUAAGAGCUGCCUGCAUUAUACCCGAAGAGUUGGUUUUCGCUGCGUGCAUUGCAAUGUUGUGUACUCUGAUGUGGCGGCACUCAAGUCUCACAUUCAAGGUUGUCACUGUGAAGUCUUUUACAAGUGUCCUAUCUGUCCCAUGGCAUUUAAAUCUGCUCCCAGCACACACUCCCAUGCCUAUACACAACACCCGGGUAUCAAGAUAGGCGAACCAAAAAUAAUAUAUAAAUGCUCUAUGUGUGACACUGUGUUUACUCUACAACCUUUGCUCUAUCGCCACUUUGAUCAGCACAUUGAAAACCAGAAGGUGUCUGUUUUCAAGUGUCCAGACUGUUCUCUUCUAUAUGCACAGAAACAGCUUAUGAUGGAUCAUAUCAAGUCCAUGCAUGGAACUUUGAAAAGUGUUGAGGGGCCACCAAACCUGGGGAUAAAUCUGCCUCUCAGUACUAAACCCACAACUCAGAACUCAGCCAGUCACAACAAGGAAGAUGCAAAAUCUGCCAAUGGAACAGAGAAGCUGGAUAAGAAAUCUCCUUCUCCCAUAAAGAAAGCGGAGCCUAAAAAAGUCACUAAUCUUGGCUGGACGUGUUGGGAGUGUGAUAGGCUCUUCACUCAGAGAGACCUUUACAUCUCUCACAUGAGGAAGGAACAUGGAAAGCAAAUGAAGAAACAUCCGUGUCGGCAGUGUGACAAAUCCUUCAGCUCGUCCCAUAGUCUGUGUCGUCACAAUCGCAUCAAGCACAAAGGCAUUAGGAAGGUUUAUACGUGCUCGCACUGCCCAGAGUCCAGACGUACCUUUACCAAGCGGCUGAUGCUGGAGAAGCACAUUCAGCUGAUGCAUGGCAUUAAAGACCCCGAUGUGAAAGAGAUGGCUGAAUCAGCCAAUAUGGAAGAAAGGGAAGUCAAAGAAGACACAAAGGUUCCUAGUCCAAAGCGCAAGUUGGAAGAACCUGUUCUGGAGUUCAGGCCUCCACGAGGUGCCAUCACUCAGCCGCUGAAGAAGCUCAAGAUCAAUGUUUUUAAAGUGCACAAGUGUGCUGUUUGUGGCUUUACAACAGAAAAUCUUCUUCAGUUUCAUGAACACAUCCCUCAGCAUAAAUCCGAUGGCUCCUCAUACCAGUGCAGGGAAUGUGGACUCUGCUACACAUCUCAUGUGUCCCUCUCCAGGCAUCUCUUUAUUGUACAUAAGCUGAAGGAGCCUCAGCCGGUGUCAAAACAGAAUGGGUCUGGGGAGGAUAAUCAGCAGGAAAACAAACCAAAUCAUGAGGAUGAAUCAUCUGACAGUUCAGCAUCAGACAGAAGAUGUAAAGUUUGUGCAAAGACUUUUGAAACUGAAGCGGCCUUAAACACUCACAUGAGAACACAUGGCAUGGCCUUCAUCAAGUCCAAAAGAAUGAGCUCAGCUGAGAAGUGAUUGGAUUGUUUGGGACUCAGAAGCCUCUCUCCACAUUGGAAUACUAAAGACAUUUUUGCUACGGGAAGUUCAAGGUAUACUUGUGUUAACAGUACUGUUCAGGAGGUUGCAAUAUAUUCUGCAUAAAAGUGUCCCCUUCACCUCAUUGUCUAUCCCCUCAAACCAUUGAAGCAGUAUUUGAGUUGACAAGAGUUUGUAUAUAUUUAAACUAAUAACUUUUAUACUCUUUGUUAUGUGUUUGUGUCUGUAUCCAGUGGAAAAUUUGGGGGUUUCUGUUUUGUUUCUGUUUUUUUUUCUAGUAAGUUUCUUUAAAACAGAGUUCUGAAUACUGGGACAGUUCCUUGGGUUCUCUUAAACUGUUUCUUAACUGAGUGCUUCUGAAAGAAAGUUCAGCUAAUGGAGGUGCAUCAGAAAGCAGCACUUGGAAAGGCUUGGAGGGGGAAGCAAGUUAAGGGGAGAUUUCAAAUGCUGAGAACCUGUGCUUCUAAAUAUCUAAGGAAGUUUUUAAACUUUCUCUUAAAAAUAUGUAUUUAGAAAUCAAAUAAAAAUCCCCGCUGCGUGUUUCGUGCAGUGCUGGUUCUAGGUGGCACCAUCAGAAAGGUGCAGACUCCUAGAACGAUAAAGUGCUUUUGAAAAGUAGAAUUGCACAACUCUCUGUAUCAUGAAGUGGUUUUUUGGUUUCUUUCUAGGCUGUCAGGUGCUUGCAGUCAAAGCUCAAACCGUUACAAAAGGGCCGGCCUGCUCCGGCCCCAACAAAUCCGAUGUGA